AUGUGUUACCUAGGAAGGUUGUCGGGCCCGUACCGGCUGGUGUUCUCUAGGCUGGAGGCGAUUUCUGGGGCGAGGCGUGGUGCAGCGCGCGACGCCGCGCGGGGCGGUCUCGCCGUCGAUUGGCGUACGCCUCCCAACGCCUACGCGCAGGCGCGCCGCAACGCGCGCGCGGAAAAAUCGCCGCGCGGAAAAGCGGCACCGGCGUCUAUUUCCAGAUGUGGGCGGGAGGACAGCCGAAACGCCGGGAGCGCUUUACGACCGGCGACGCGCGUACGAACCCGCCGACGAACAUUGGCGCCCGGCGGAAUAAUCACCGACCGCGCAAUCCCGCCCGCCGCGAGCCCAACGCGUGCGUCCAGCGGGGCUGCGCGCGUCCUCUGCAUCACACACUCAAGGGUCACCGGUUGGCGGUUUGGGGAUCACACGGGGCACUGCGCGAGCACAUAUCGCGUGAGCUCGAGGUUCGUGGCGGUCAUCCCGGGCCGGUGCGGAGGGGCGUCCGUGCGCUACAGCGAUCCGUGCGCGACUAAGCGCUCAAUGGGCCGGCGGCGCUCGGUGCGACACUUGCGAUAUCGGCGCGACAUAGACGGUAUCGGGAUUUGGCCCCGGGCUAGGGCUCAUUUCGAGGAGCCACCGCGGACUAGCCUCGCAUCCGGUGCCACCUGCUCGCACUCGGGAACGCGACGCGCGCCAGAGGGAGAUGAAGUGAUCGGCCGGAACGCAGACCGGAUGGCGGACUCAGUUAUGAAUGAAUGUGCCGUCCCUGUCCGGCGGACGGCUCCCGGAUAUGUGGCUCUCACUCGCGCGGCCCGCCGCCGUAGAGGAAGUGAAAGGGACGGGCGGCGUAGUAAAUAUCGCGCUCCGUGGCCCCGGCCGGGAGUAUUUCUAUGGGCCUUCGGUUUUUGUGUCAACAAAGGA